UUUAUUUCAUUUUUACUUUAAAAAGAACUUAAAAGACAAAUGAAAUCGUUUUUCAAAAUAAAAAGAAGCUGAAAAUGAAAAUCAAAACUAAACUCAAAACCAUAUUUUAGCGGCCGAUGGCUGCCACAGUAUCCCAGCAUUCAUUGCAGCCCAUGCUCUACAAACAGAGGGAGUCUGGAAUCUACUGCGAGGGGUUUUCAAAAUGGCGGAUGGUGGUUUGCGUAACGACACUUGGAAAGAAGAUUCUAGUCUCCCUGAAGAUUUGAAAAAAUACGUCCAGCAGCUUCUAACACGAAACGAAAUUUUGAGUUUUAUGAUAAGAGAUUAUCCAAGUUAUUCGUGGAGUAAGCGAACCCUUGACCGACGGCUCCGAUACUUUGGGAUUUACUACAGUGACGGUGAAAUCUCUGUUGAUGAAGUAAAAAGUGCCGUGCAGAAGGAGCUCAAUGGCCCAGGAAGGCUUCUAGGAUACCGUAGUAUGCAAAAAAAGAUUAGGAUAGAGCAUGAUCUAAACGCACCCAGAGAUUUGGUGCAUGCAGUGAUGCAAGAUUUAGACCCAGACGGUCUUAAAGCACGAUCCCUCGGAAUGAAAACAAAGAAAAAGAAAGGUCAGUUUACUUCUAAAGGAGCGAAUUUUGUACAUUCAGUCGACGGACAUGAUAAACUCAUGGGUUUUCAGAAUAGCACUUAUCCCCUAGCUGUGUAUGGAUGCAUCGACACAUCAAGUAGGAAACUUCUUUGGAUAAAAGUAUGGGUUACAAACUCAAACCCUAAUAUAGUUGGCCGCUGGUAUCUUGAAUAUCUCUAUGAGACCAGAAUGAUAGCUGCAUUCCUCCGUAUGGAUAAAGGAACCGAGACAGGCGUAAUGGCAACCAUGCAUUCCUUUUUGAGAAAUCAUCACGGAGAUCUGGAUGAUGCAAGUGACAGUGUUAUUUAUGGGCCAUCUACUUCCAACCAGAUUGAGCGAUGGUGGAAGGAGUUGCAUGAGCGAUUGGAAAAAUAUUUCAAAGAACACCUUAGAUAUCUGAAGGAGCACAGAUAUUAUGACCCUAACAAUGAGCAAGACAGAAUGCUCCUUGCCUACAUAAUGAUUCCUUUGUUACAAAGGGAAGUAAACAUCUUCAAGGAUUCUGUCUGGAACAGUCACCGUAUCAGACCCCAGAAAGAGACUGCUUUGCCAGCUGGGAUACCAAACCAUAUUUACAGCUUCCCUGAAGAGUAUGGGAUGGAUCGAUGUGGUUUGCCUGUUACUGUUGAGCAACUACAGAAAGUGGCUGAAUGUUCUGGAGUACUUGAAGUUGAGGAUGACUUCCUUGAACCUGCAUUCCGAUUGAAAUGCCAGCAACUAAUCCCUGAUGUUGAAGAAAUUGAAGCAAAGGAUUGCAGAAAGGCAUACCUUUACCUAAAAGGAAAUUUUCCUGUUCAGAUUUAAUUAAUAGAAAAUUGAGGCAGUGGAACCAAACAUGCACAGUCCUUUUUUUUCUCAAUCAAUUCCCAAAGCAACAUUAUAUCAGGAAUAUACUUAUGAACAAUGGUAUGUACUGUGUUUGCCCAUUUACUUUUAUAGUAUCUGACCAAAAUUCAGUUUAUCACUGCAAAGAUAUAUAUCUCAAAAUAAGAUGUGAACCAUUAGAUAAUGAAAAAUAGGUGGUGGUUUUGAUUGGGAGAUCAAAAGUUAAAAUAACUGGCUAAAGGUGGCUACCUAUAGCAUUGUUCUGACCAUACCUUUCAUUUGGCUUGUUGUUGUUGGGGAGGGGUGGGGGACUAGUACUAAGUAUUGAUGGUGUAGUAAAUUAGCACUUUAUAAUGUCUAAACCUACAAUAGGGAGUAUGCUACUAUAAUUUGAAGGAAUAUUUUUUCAUAGUACCAGGGUACUCUAGUGCAUACUAUGUUUACUACUAUACUCCAAGCAGUAGAUCAGGCUUUAUACCAAAAAGAUGGAGUUUUUGGACUAGCAACCAUAAUUAUUCUUGAAAAUCAAAUUGUGAAUCUUCCCCUGGGUUAACCUUAUUAUGGGGACAUAGCGGCCAUUCACCAGACCCUGUUGUUGUGUUGCAAAACAAUAAUAUAAGUCUAUGACAAUGGCUGUAAAAGUUGUAUAAUAUUUUCAGUAAUACAAUAUUAUGAGUAAUAUAUCUUCAAUAGAAAACAUUUUUCUUGAUUAUUCUAACAAUAACAACAAUGUAUGCGAACAAUGUCAACUGCAUAAACAGCAAAACCCAGCACAAGAGAAUCAGGAUCAUGAACCACUAGCUUUUAGAAAAUAAAAUAAUAAUAUAAAGCUUUA